AAUAAGAACACAAAUAAAGAAUAGAACGAGAGAAGUCAAAAAAAAAAAAAUCCCUUUUGUGUCUUUGUGGAAUGGAAUUGGAAGAUGAGGAAUGGGAGCUCUGCAACGACGAUGGUUUCGUCUACAAGCGCAAGAGGCGCCGAAUCGAUCCUCCUUCAGCUGCGGCGGAGACGGCGGGGGCGGAGGCGGAUCAGGAGAAGCGACGGAGAGAGCGGAAGAAGCAGACCCUAUUGAAGCUGAAAGCUAAGUACGAGAAGGAAAUUCGCGAGUGGGAGUUAUUGUCGAACACCUUGCGGUCAAUGCAACAACACAAAGCUCUACAGCUUCAACCACAACCUAACCAAAACCCAUCACUUCCUUCCACUUCCACUUCUUCCUCUGGUGGGUCCCUCCUCCAUGACCUUCUCUUGCAGGUUGAAGCCCAGGAAGCAAUCAUUCGUGAUAUCUCAAAUUUAUGCGACGUAGCAGAAGGAGUGUGCUUUAAACGAGAACAACAAUUUAAACAAUCGUUGUUUGAUCUUCCAAUCUGGGCUUCACCACUUGAGCUCAUGCAAGUGCUAUGUGAUGAUUGAAUCAGUUUCUCUUGUGCAUUAUUUCUCUUGGUAAUAUGAGUGUGAAGUUGAAAGGAUGGUCUUAACAUCGUUCAACAAUCAGUUUCAUUAAUUGUAACUCUCUAGUUAAUACACUAAUGUCAUGUAGAUUAGACCUUUGGCAGAUUGCUAAAUAUUUUUAGAUUGAUUGUAUUUUAGAGCAUCAAACUUUUGGGUUGAGUCAUGCAAUUGGAAUGACCGUAAGAUAAAUGUAAAGAGUGGGAAGGCAGUCUCUCCUUAUUAGUCUCCAAUCAAGGAAGAAAUUGAAUUCUGUAGUUUUGUAUUAGUAUAAGGUUCAUUAACUUGAACAAUUCCAUGCCUUGAUGCGAUUUC